GGUAAAUAAUGGAGAUGUUGAUUUGCAAAGGCCUCAUUCGAGCAAUGAUUUGGUGUGCUACACGGCGAAAAACCCCUUCCACAUCGAAUUUCUUCACAGUGAAAGGCGGAAAGUGCAAAUUAAAAUACCUUCAACUAAGAAGAGACUGCCAUCUCCUUCACACAAAGGUAGCGAAGCUGCCUCGCCAUUAAAACCAGCUCAUACAAAUGACAGAGUAUCCGUAAAGCUCAAGAAAGGCGGUCUGAUUCGUCAUACGCCUGAAGGAAAACGGCGACGAAGAUCCGGUCUUGCUAAACUUCAGCAUUCAGCUGCUGAUGUGUGAAGUAAAACUUCAAAUUGAAUUUAAAAUUUGAUGAAAAAUAGCUGUAGAAUGCUUCAUGAAUGUAUUUUAGUUCAAAUAACACAUCCUAGUCUUAGUUAACAAUGAGGCAGUGAAAUCUGCAUUACAUUAUGUUGUCAUAGAUUAGGGUCUUAUAUGUAAAUUUUGGUGUUUUUUUAGGCCUGUAUUUAACAUAAUUGUUUACAUGAACUUUAAUUGUUCAUCUCUCAUGUAUCAGUAGCCUAGAUGUCUCUGAUUGAAGUAAAAAGCAGGACGAUUUACAAACAAGCCCCUCAACUCUUAUGUAUUUACUUAUCUAACACCAAAAUUUUAAUUUUUACA